AUGGAACGCCUUUUGCGUCACAUGCCGCAUAUGCCGGGAGUGAACCACUCAAUGUUCUACUUCGUUCACAUGUUUAUGCGAUUUUGUUGGCACACCGAGGAUGCCUUUUUGAAUUCAGUUUCAUACCUUCGCCGCGGAAGCGCUGACAAUAUUUGGUACGCUAUACCUCUGAAAUACGUAGGGGCCUUCGAGACAUAUGCUGCCGAGAAUCCUUCUGCACAGAGAUCUUUGAUGUGCAAGACAACCAUCUUUGAUCUGAGGGAACUAAAAAGCCGAGGGAUUGAAUGCCAUCGUAUUCGGCACAAGCCAGGUUCCUUUGUAUUGACAGCACCUCGUGCUUAUCAUGCUGGAUUCAACUGCGGUUUCAAUAUCACCGAGGCUGUGAAUUUUGCCAACCCAGGAUGGUUCCCAAUCGGCCGACAAGCGUCCCUCUGUGCUCGCCAAGGGGCCUACACUUUGAUUGUACCAUACGAAUACCUCCUGUCUCAUGAGGCCAAGUCGCUACGAGAUGCGCACCUAACUACUACGAGCAUAGAGAGAAUAUCGCCAAGCGCAAGGAGCGGUGCUCGCAUCCUUGCCGGCGAGCUUGGCGCAGUGUUGGAAGAGGUGGAAAGAAGGCUGCGGGAAUACGCGCAGUCGAGCAACUGUCGGAUCGCCAUGUUGAAUGACGUGGAUAGGCUUAUUAAGAACAAUCAUCUGGGACCCGAGUUUUGA